AUGGGGAUACCAAGCAAGUUUAUUCACUGGAUAAAACUCUGCAUUACUACUCCGUCAUUCUCUGUUCAAGUCAAUGGUGAGCUUGUAGGCUACUUUCAGAGUACAAGAGGGUUGAGACAAGGAUGCUCCCUCUCUCCGUAUCUGUUUGUUCUCUAUGAUUUAAUGAUUUUUCUGGAAGGAUCAAAGCGAUCUAUUGAAGGAGCGUUGGGUGUUUUUGAUGAGUUUGCAAAGUGGUCGGGUCUUAAUAUAAGCAUCGAAAAGUCUACUGUGUACAUGACUGGUGUCAAGGAGCAGAAUCUUGAGGAACUUCCCGUUUGCAGAAGGUGCUCUCCCUGUGAAGCUGCAACUCAUCAGGCAGUUAUAUUAAGCAUUGUGAAUUUUUGGGCUGCUGUUUUUCGAUUACCAAGUCAGUGUGUGAAGGAGGUAGAGAAACUUUGUGCAUCAUUUCUCUGGUCGGGUCCUUCUCUGAAAUCUGCGGGAGCUAAGGUAGCGUGGAAAGACAUUUGUAAGCCUAAAGAAGAGGGAGGGUUGGGCAUUAGAGAUUUAAAGGAAGUGAAUGUAGUUUAUGGUCUCAAGAUCAUCUGGAGGCUGUUGUCGGGUGACUCUCUAUGGGGUAAAUGGAUUAAAAGCUACUUACUCAAGAGAAACAAUUUUGGGGAAGUUAAAAUCUCUACUCAGGGAGGCUCAUGGAUAUGGAGGAAAGUAUUAAAGCUUCGUCAUAUUGCAAAGGAGUUCUAUAGAGUUGAGGUGGGAAAUUGUUGGAAUACCUCCUUUUGGUUUGAUAAGUGGUCAAGUAAAGGUAUACUUCUUGAGACUUUAGGUGAUAGAGGAAUCACUGAUAUGGGAAUAAAGAGGAAUGCUUCGCUUGCGGAGGCUGUUUUGAGAAGAAGAAGAGUAUGUAGGCAUCGUAUCCAGUUAUUGAAUGAAGUUUAA